AUGUCGCCCAAACGCAAGUUCUCCGAUGUCGAUUCCUCUGCAAUGUACUCAACGGGGGUGAUCUCCGCAGACGACGCCCCGUCCCAUAAAUCCCGCAGCUUCGGUCGCAAUGUAGAUAGGCGGAACUCGUCGUGGAGAGUCAUGGGCGACAAUGCUGUCCCCUCAUCUCUCCCGCUAUCAAACCUGACUGACGCUGUUCGAGAGUUGAUCGAUCCGGACUUUCAUCCUGAGCUCGAGCAAUUCUUAUUUGAUGACGAAUCACCACAGUUCUUGAAGCCUGUAUCGCCUCGUAUCGCUACUGAAGAUGUGGAAUAUCUGCGAUCGAAGGGUGCUCUCACUAUCCCAGAACCAUCGCUGCGGAACGAACUACUUAAAGCAUAUGUGCAAUGGGUGUACAGUUCGUUGCCAGUACUGGAUUUACACAGCUUUCUUGCAUCUGUGGCUCAAAAUAAACCAGAUGCAAAUAUAAGCUUACUGCUGUUUCAAGCUAUCAUGUUUGCCGGUACGGCGUUCGUGGAUAUCAGACAUCUCCAGGCGGCUGGUUUUAAGACGAGACGAGAAGCUCGGAAAGCGUUUUUCAACAACACACGGUUGUUAUACGUCUUUGACUACGAGGAUGAUCGUAUCGCCAUUAUACAAUCUAUAUUGCUAAUGACAUACUACUACGAAAAAGAAGAGACUUUUCAAAAAGAUAUCUGGCAUUGGAUUGGCGUGUGUUAUACUCAAGCACAGUCAAUUGGAUUACACCGAGAUCCUUCCAAAUCUAGCAUCAACGAGCAUACAAAGCGGCUCCGGAUCCGGCUCUGGUGGUGUCUGUAUUCUCGCGACCGGCAAAUUGCCCUUGCAUUACGACGGCCAACCCAGAUAAACGAAGGAAUCUGCAAUGUCCCAUUGAUCACACUGACUGAUUUCGAUAUACGGCCUUAUGGCGAUGCAGUGGACCAGAUCCUGCCGGAAUGUAGGCAUAUGAGCGACACAUACCUACAGCGGCGACUGGCCAUUAUGUUUAUUGAAACUGUGAAACUGUGCCAAUGUCUAGGCCGAGCGCUGUUUGCACAGUACACGCCGUCGAAUUUUGUUUCUGACGUGACGCAAGAGACUACAAUCACGUUGGUCCCGAGGCAAGCCUCCGACGCGGAGUUGCAACGUUGUGGUCAGAAACUAGAUGCCUGGCUAGGCAAUCUUCCAGAGGAAGCGACAUGUGUAACGCCAAGAGAAAGAAAGGAUCUCAAACCUGGGGACGAUGUUUUAUUUCUCCAUGCGUCAAUGCUGCAAAUGAUAUAUCACGCUACAUGUACUGUUCUAUAUCGACCGCGAGCGUCAUCUUCAAAUAUCACAACCACACUGACGACUUCAAAAACGUCAAUAAGCGCAGCCCAAAAAAUAAUCCGAGAUGCGGCAUUGCACAUUGCAGAUACUGUUCAACACUUACGCACUUUGGGAUUGACGCCGUACUUGCCUACAUACGGACUGACUGUUAUGAUACCGGCCGCUGUCGCCCACUUGACUGAUCUGAAAUCUGCCAAUCCAGUAGUGAGAGAUGGAAGUAAAUGGAACUUUCGUCUGUGCAUCGAGAUUAUAAGCGGCUUGCGAGAUAUCUACCCAGCAGCUGACUAUGAGACCGAAUGUCUUGAAAAGGCAUUCCAGCUACAACAUGGACAACGCAUGUUGAAGUCUGUGUACGUGAUGCAAGAUGCGACGGUUCAUAGUCCUCGGGGGGCUCCUACUUUUGUCAAUACGACGGAGCUGGAUCUGUCAAUACUAAGACCACCCCGUGAACCAUCUCAGAUUAUUGAAAGCCCAGCUUGGACUUUUGACUGGCAGCAAGACCAGGAUAUGUUUCAUCGUGAUGGAAGCGAUAAAGACAACGACUGUUGGACCAUUAACCUUGACAAUGACUUGGACAUCGGCCAUUUUGGUCUCCUCUCAGAUGGGCUUUUUAAUAAUACGGGUGACGGGGUUCCGCCGCACAUAUUGAUGAUUCAGGGCGAUAACGAUGAUAUUGAACUUUCACAAAAUCCCGAUCUACCACUCACGAUAUCCAGGGAAGGUGAAGAGACAACCAUUACAGGAGAUUUGGAGCGAGAUUUAGGAUUUAUUUGA